AUGACGACUAAGACUGAUGAUUAUAUUCCACCACCUACAGCUCAUGCGUCUCAGUACUAUGCUGAUUUUGGUACACCAAUUGUAUCUAAUACCAAUGAACAACUACCACCACCACCUGCCUAUACAGCUGUUGCAAUACCUUCAGCAGCUAAUACCACCGCACGCAUGAAACCUAUUACCAAUCCAUCAACUGUCGUCAAUGAACUUGUUAAUCAACGGUUUUCACCAACCACUCAACGACAACUUAAUUCUCAACAAAUUCUUCGUAUAACCCAAUAUAUAGACAAUCAAGAGAAAAUGGUAACUAAUAGAUUUGCUGUAGCUUUGUGUAUUUCUAUUGUUGGCAUGGUAGUGGUCUUUAGUUUUAUUCUUUUCAUUUAUAAAAUAUCAUCAAAAAGUAUAAGUUUUAGUUAUCGUUCAUGUUUACCAAAUAUUGAUUUAAUUCAUAUUGAACAUAUUCAUCCAUUGAACAGUCAAUACAUUCAAUUAAUUACAAAAGAUUUUCAUUUACAUAUUAUUUAUCGAUAUAAAAAAGAAAAAUAUCAAUUUAACUUUGGUAAUUUAAAUACAUUAUUAGGAAAUUUAUCAAAUAUUGAUUAUCAAUAUCAAUCAGCAAUUAAUUAUUAUCAUCAAAUUGAUACAUGGAAUUAUGUUAAUAUUACAUUUAAUGAUAAUUUAUCACGUAUAUUUGUAUCAUUUAAUAAUGAUGAAACACGAUUAAUACCUUUAAUUGAUUAUCCAUUAUUAUUUCAAAAUCAAACAAUUGAAACAAAAUUAAAUAUACAAAUACUUGUUAAUGAACAAGAUCAAAAUGUAACAUGUUUAUUACCGUAUAUAGGUUUUGAUAUAAAUAAAAAUAGUUAUUUAAAUUCUUGUUUAACAAAUAUUAAAACAUGUGAACAUCGUAUAUGUACAUCAUCGAAUAAUGUUGAACAGUAUUGUCCACUUUUUAAAAUAUUUGAUUGUUAUCCAUUUACUGAUUUAAAAUGUGGUUUAAAAACAAUACCUGUUCGUUGUAUGAAUAAUUAUUGUCAAAAUCAAGGAGUUUGUUAUGUUAAUAUAUUAAAAAAUGCUUCUCAAUGUGUUUGUCCAUUUGGAUUUGCUGGUGAUCAAUGUCAGUAUGAUAUUAAUGAAUGUCAAUCAAAUCCUUGUCCAAAUCAGAGUAAAUGUAUUGAUUCACCAAAUGGUUAUACAUGUAUUUGUGAACCUGGUUGGACUGGAAUAGAUUGCUUAGAAGAUAUUGAUGAAUGUAAAAUAAUACAACCUUGUAAAGCAGCAAGAAAUUGUAUUAAUCUACCUGGAUCAUAUAAAUGUGAAUGUCUUGAUAGUUUCACUGGAAUAAAUUGUGAAAUGACACUUGAUCCAUGUUUAUCUCAACCAUGUCUAAAUAAUGCGACUAAAUGUCAUUCAAUACUAGAUCGUGAUAAUAUUCUUUAUCAUUGUACAUGUCAAUCAGGUUUUACAGGUUAUCAUUGUGAAACGAAUAUAAAUGAUUGUGAAGGUAUAAUAUGUCAAAAAAAUAAUACACAUUGUAUUGAUGGUAUUAAUUCAUUUCAUUGUGAAUGCAAACCUAAUUUUAAACGAAAUUGGGAUGGUUCAUGUGUUGAACAAAAUCCUUGCGAUUCAUCACCAUGUCAUCAAAAUGCUACUUGUUAUAAUUUAAAUGGUGGUCAAUAUCGUUGUAUAUGUCCACCAACUUAUACAGGUAUUCGAUGUGAUGAAGAUAUUGAUGAAUGUAGUGUAUUUCCAUUCAUAUGUCGAAAUGGGGGCACAUGUAUAAAUGAAAUUGGUUCAUAUCGAUGUUAUUGUGCAUUAGGUUGGUUCGGUUCAACAUGUGCUAAAUCAAUUGAUUAUUGUCUUUCUCAACCAUGUAAUCGAAAUGGAACAUGUAUUAAUAAAAUAAAUGGAUUUGAAUGUCAUUGUUUAUCACCAUAUACAGGUGAUGUAUGUCAAUAUGAUAUUGAUGAAUGUUUAAUAGAACCAUGUGCAAAUAAUGGAACAUGUUAUAAUUAUGUUGGUGGUUUUCAUUGCCGUUGUCAGACCGGAUAUUUUGGUUUUCAUUGUGAAUAUCCACCGUCGGAAUGUGAACGUUUACAAAAAGCAAGUUUUUCUGUUAAAUGUAAUGAUCCUCAUUUAUGUAUUGUUAAUGAUACAGAAAAAUUAAGACAAUUAAAUCAAUUAACAACAUAUACAUGUCGAACAGAACGUGAUCGAAUACUUGAUAAUUAUUUUACAUGUACUAGUGAACAGAAAUUUAACUAUUGUCAUUGUCCUUCAAAUAUUAUUGCAUGUACAGAUAAUUAUACUGAAACAUUCGGUAAAUCUUCACUUUCAAAAUCAAAUUGUCCUUGUCGAAACGGAGGAACUUGUCAUCGGAUAAAUUCAACAAAUUAUCAUUGUUAUUGUCCACCUGGUUUAACUGGUGAAAAUUGUCUCGUUCAAAUAGAUUAUUGUUUAAGUCGUCCAUGUUAUAAUAAUGGUACAUGUUUAUCACAAUUAAAUACAUAUACAUGCCAAUGUCAAACAAAUUAUAAAGGUAUAUAUUGUCAAAAUUUAAUUAAUCGAUGUGAAAAUAGUCCUUGUCUUAAUAAUGGUAUAUGUGAACAAUAUAAUGGAAAAUAUAAAUGUAAUUGUUUAUCAAGUUAUACAGGUAAACAUUGUGAAAUAUAUCGAACACCUUGUUUAUCACAACCAUGUCAAAAUCAUGGAAAAUGUAUUAAUUAUAAUAAUACAUUUGAAUGUCAAUGUUCAUUAAAUUAUCAAGGUAAAUAUUGUGAACAAUUAAUUGAUUUAUGUUAUACAAAAUUCAAUACAAGUAUAUGUCUUAAUGGUGGUUUAUGUUCAAUGACUAAUCAUAAAAUCCAAUGUUCUUGUUUACCUGGUUUUACUGGUCUUUUUUGUGAAACAAAUAUUGAUGAAUGUUAUACAAAACCAUGUUCAAUACAUGGUAAUUGUAUUGAUUUAAUAAAUGGUUAUCAUUGUCAUUGUGAAAUGGGUUGGUAUGGUUAUAAUUGUGAAAAGAAACAAAAUGAUAUAAGUAAAUCACUUAAUUAUCAUUCAAGUUUAUCAUCAACAACAUUUCAUUUACGUAAUUCAUUAAUAAAUAUUUCAAAAUAUUUACCAUAUCGUCAUUCAUCAUUACCAAUACGUAUUCAAUAUGAAUUUCGUACAACAUUAAAUAAAAUUUCAUUACUUUCAAUCGGAAAACGUUUUAAACAAAAAUUAAUUAAUAAUAGAAUAUUAACAAAUUUAGAUAAUAAAACACUUCUAUCAACAUUUAUUGAUUAUUAUGAAAAAUGGUUUAUGAUUAGUAUUGAAAUAUUUCAUUUAUGGAUUGAUGUACGAAUAGGAAAAAAUUCUUUAUCACAAAGAUUUUAUGUAUCAAAUUCAUCAUUAUCUAAUUUAAUUAAUAAUCAAGUUAUUUUUGGUUAUAGACAUUAUUCAGGUUGCAUAAGAAAUAUUGAAAUAACUUAUAGUCAAGUUUAUUCAAUUUUACUUACUGAUCAAUUGAUCGAAACAAAUGAAAAUCGAACUUUAGGUUGUGAAAGAACAAACGCUUGUCAAAAUGCCCUUUGUGGAAAAAAUGAAUUAUGUCAAGAUCAUUGGUUUUAUCAUACAUGUCAAUGUCAACGACCUUUCUUCGGUGAACAUUGUGAUCAAAUUGCUCCAAUUAUAAAAUUUAAUCAAUCAAGUUUAGCUAAAAUAUCAUUUUCAUCACCAAUAUCAAAUAUAUCUUUUUUCUUUAAUACUCUUCAACCGAAUGGAACAUUAUUUGAACUUAUGUCAUUAAUAAAACAACAACGAUUAACUCGUGAUUUAUUAUUACCAAACCGAUCAACAUCAAAAAUAAUUGGAGCAUUAAUUGAUGGUCAUUUUCGUUUGAUAAUUAUUGAUGAUGGACCUAAACGAAAAGAAUUUGAAUUACGUAGUGAACAAAAAUUAAAUGAUGGACGUCCACAUCAAAUUGAACUUGAUUUAGAAAAUUAUAGAUUAAUUAUCGAUAGAAUUCAUAAUGAAACAUUAACUAAAACACAUAAUAAAAUAUUUUUAAAUCAUAUUCAAUUUCUUGGUGAUAAUACUUUAAAUGGUUGGCUACAAGAUAUACGUAUUAAUGAUCAACUUAUUUCAUUUGAUAAUACCAAUACAUUAACAAAAAAUUUUAAUACAACUAGUUUAAAUAUGAAUCAAGUUAAAAAUAAUCCAUGUUAUCCAAAUAAUCCAUGUUUAAAUCAAGGCAUUUGUCUUGUAACACAUUUACAAGAUUACUUAUGUCAAUGUGAACCAAAAUGGUUUGGUAGAAAUUGUUCAGAACCAAAUAUAUGUAAUUAUAAUAAUAAUAGUCUAUGUCCAGAUGGAUUUAUUUGUAAAAUUACUGAUGAAAAUCAAGAAUGUUUAGCAACAGCAACAUUUGAAGGAAAUUCAAGUAGUUUAAUAGCAACAUUACAUCAUAGUUCAAUAUCAAAAAUAUCAAAUGAAAUAUCAUUUCGUCUUCGUGCACGUUCACAACAUGCACAUUUAUUAACAAUUAAAAAUUUAUAUACAUCAAAUUAUUUUUCAUUAUAUUUAUUUGGUCAAAAUUUAAUUUAUCGUGAUUCAAUAUUAUUAACAGAUCUUAUUAUUGAAUUAAAUCCUAAAGUAUUUGAAGAAUGGACAACAUUUCAUUUACAUUGGUCUGAUUUUUCAACAUUAACAAUUAAUUAUUUAUAUACAUAUACAAUAAAUUUAUCAUUAAAAUCUUUAUUAACAUCAAAUGGUCAAACACAAAUAUUUAUUGGAAAUGGUUUUCGUGGUUGUUUAGAAUAUGUUUUAAUUGGAGAAAAUCUUUAUAUACCAUUUUAUAAUGAUCUUAUUUAUGAAAAUGAUACACGUAAUAAUAAAUUUUUUAUUGAACAAAUUGAAAAUAUUCAUAUAAAUAAUUGUACAUUUAAUAAUAUAUGUGAAAAAAUGAAUUGUCAAAAUGGUGAAUGUAUUAAUGAUUUUGAUCGAGGUAAAUGUUUAUGUCAUCAUGGAUGGUAUGGAGAGUUUUGUCAAAUAAAUAUUAAUGAAUGUGAACAAGGAAAUAAUUGUUCAAUUGAAAAUAGUAUUUGUGAAGAUCAUCUUGAAGGAUAUUAUACAUGUAAAUGUCAUCAAGGAUUUACUGGACAAUAUUGUGAAACAAAUAUUGAUGAAUGUUCGUCAUCUCCAUGUAUUAAUAAUGGUACUUGUAUUGAUUUAAUCAACGGUUACCUAUGUAAUUGUACGAAUAAUUAUAUAAAUUCAAAUUGUUCAAAAUCAAUAAAUGAUACAUGUUUUGGUCAAUUACAUACCUGUAAAAAUAAUGGUACAUGUAUAUUAAAAAGUGUUCAUCUUUAUGUUGAUAAUCCUGAAAGUGAAUGUCAAUGUUCUAAUGGUUAUAAUGGUAAAUGGUGUGAAAAUGAUUUAUGUUUAAAAUUAAAUUGUCAAAAUAAUGGUACAUGUCAAAGAUUAUCCAAUGGAACAGCAAAAUGUUUAUGUACAGAACAAUGGUAUGGUGAUGAAUGUCAAUAUGAUAUAAAUGAAUGUGAAAUAAAUCAAAAAAAUAUUUGUUUAAAUAAUGGAAUAUGUAUUAAUUAUCCUGGUGGAUAUCUAUGUCAAUGUCAUGAACAUUAUUUAGGAAAACAUUGUGAAAAUAAACAUAUUUGUUUAGAACAGUCACCUUGUUUUAAUCAUGGACAAUGUAAAACUGAUGGUGAACAUUAUUAUUGUGAAUGUUUAACAAAUUUUACAGGUGUACAUUGUGAAUUAUUAACAUGUGAAUCUAUACCUUGUGAACAUAAUAGCACAUGUAUACCGGAUUUUCAUCAAGGAUUUAUAUGUAAUUGUGCAGGAACAGGUUAUGAAGAUGAACGAUGUACAACAGAAAUUGAUGAAUGUUUCAGUAGUCCAUGUCAAAAUAAUGCAACUUGUAUUAAUCAAAUAGAUGGAUAUAGUUGUUCUUGUCCAAAGAAUUUUAUUGGAUUGCAUUGUGAAAAUAAACAAAAAUUUUUAAAAUCUCUUAGUGUUUCAUCUCAUUAUAUUAUAUGGCCUAGUAUCGCUGUUUUAUUAUUAAUGAUUAUUAUUCUAGUAACUAUUAUUAUUGGACGUAUACGUGAAAAUCGUCGAUUACAAGGAACAUAUAGACCAGCAUUAAAUGAAAGUGGUCAAACUUCACGUGUGGAAUUUAGUAUGAUUUUAAAACCACCACCAGAAGAACGACUUAUUUAG